UGGAGACCAUCUCUUAAAGAUUUACCUUGCCACCAUCGUACUCCAUUGUAGCUAUAACGCAUACGAAGUACCUGGCUCAGCAUUUCAGCAAAAGACUACCGUCAUGACAGCUACUGCAACCGCUCUCCCCGCCGACUCUGGGUUUCUGCAGCAAGACGACCCCACGGGCGCUACAGCCGAUGCCACGAUUCCCUUCCGGUCUCUACUCCCCAAGCCUGACCAUCCAAGAAUCGCAGGAAUUGAAACGCACGAUGCCCACACUUGGUGCGGCUCUCGUCGCCAAGUGCCAGCACCUGCAUGGCUGAUCAGUCGUCUGGACCUUGAGAAUUUGGAGAAACCAUACAAGGGCUUUUCCGUUGAUGGCAAGCCGGACGGCAGUGUGUGGAAAUACGAACAAGACGAAGGAGCCCCAAUCGAGGCGGCUAUGGAGGCCACGAACAAGCUACUGGCUGUCUUGAGCACCGAGGAGAAGAAGGAGGUCAUCAAAGGCGACGUAGCUGUAGAUGACGAGUUCAGGGCCUGGUCGAAUCCUGAGCUCUACAUGAAUCCUGGCGGCAUACGCCUAGAUGAGACUCGUGCAGAGGUACAAGAUGCCGUACAUGAUGUCCUGCGAGCCUGUCUCUCACCCCAGGGCUACGAAAAGGCCCUCGGCUGCACUCUCACCAAUCAUUUCCUGGGAGAGCUCGUGAAUGGUCUCAAGGUCCUCAACAAGCACUCCUACAAUUUCCGUCUCUUCCUCCCUGAAGUUGGACAGCACGAAUCCAGGACGCCCUCCUCGACUGCACCUUGGGGCUGGAGUUUCUUCGGACACCACUUGUGUCUCAAUGUCAUGUUCGUCGGGCGGAGAAUGGUCAUUGCCCCCACAUUCAGCGGUGCUGAACCAGACUCGAUCGAUGCAGGCCCGCAUGCUGGUCUUAGACUCUUCAAGGAGGAAGAGGAGUACUCGCUCAAGCUCAUGCAAAGCUUGAGUCCGGAAAAUCAGAAGAAAGCACAGCUGAAUGAAGGGAUGACUGCACAAGAAGGACUAGCGGAGGAUCGCUGGAAUCCAUUCGACGAGAGACAUCUGGGAGGAGCCCGACAGGACAACCGGACAGUUCCAUACGAGGGCUGCCCAGUCUCCUCCUUCUCCCCGGAGCAAAAGACCGUGCUUUACGAGGUGCUCAAGGCAUUCAACGCUUACCUCCCCGCCAAGCCUCUCGAGGCUCAACUGGCUAGACUGAAGCAGUACGAGGACCAAAUGUACUUUGCCUGGAUCGGCAAAUUUGGGGAUAGGGAUCCCUACUACUACCGUAUCCACUCACCGGUCACCUUUUGCGAGUUUGACUUUCACUGUGGUAUCUUCCUCACCAACACACGUCCAGCCAAAUGUCACAUCCACACUGUCAACCGCUUCCCCAACAUCGGUGACUAUGGAAAAGCUCUGAUUCGCCAGUGGAAGUCGGAGCAGGGUCAGGCCUGAAGGAGGCGGAGGUGUUAGAAUGGUAUCUUUUUCGCGGACCAGACGAUCUUUACCACCUCUACGUGUACUUCUUGUGGUGUCAUUCCGGAAUAGAUCGCGCCUACAUUUCAAUUUCCAG